AACACAACAAACUCAACGUAUUUUGUUCAUUUCAUAAAGAAUAGUUGAGUUGAAAGCGUCAAAAAGUUGAAAUAAGGGAAUAAAAAUUAAAAUAUUUGAAUAUAUUCGAUAAUUUAUAUACAUAUUUUGAAAAAAUAUUCUUUAUUCAUAGAAAAAAGGUUUUAUCAAUAUUAAAAAAAAAAUAAAGUGCGAAAUUAUAUGCGAAAAUUAUGAGAAUUUACGGGAAAGAAUAAGAAUAAAUUAAAAAAUCGAAAAAACAAGAAAAAAAUCAUAAAAUACGUUCUUAAACAUCUGGAUAUUUAUUUAUAGCAUACACACAUAAAAUAUAAAAGUAAACAUAAUAUAGAUACAUAUACACAUAUAUACAUAUACAUAAAAUUAUAUGUUAGGUAUUGAAGCGAAAUACAAAAAAUAAAAAUUAGAAAAUUUACACUUAUGCGAAAAUAAAUUUUUGAACGCGAAAAUUAGUGUUGUUUUCCUAUUUAAUUAACUAGUGAUUCUUUGAAUUAAAUUUCAAAUUCAUUAAUAUAUUUUGUAAUAAAAUAAUUAUUGAAAAUUGUAGUUGUUUACGUAGCCCAAAAUAUAAAAAAAGUGCAAAAGAAUUGCUUUUAAUAAAUUGUGAAAAAUUGAACUAAAUUACAGUUAGGUAACCACCUAUAAUUCUUUUUACAAACAGAAAAUCAAACUAAAAAAUUUCAGAAUGAAUUUAUCAUUUGCUGGUUGUGGUUUUCUAGGAAUUUAUCAUGUUGGUGUAGCAGUCUGUUUUAAAAAGUAUGCACCACAUCUUUUACUUGAAAAAAUUGGUGGUGCAUCAGCUGGAGCAUUGGCAGCAUGUUGUUUAUUAUGUGAUUUACCAUUAGCAAAACAAAAUCUAAGUAAAUUAGUUUACAAUAAAGAUCCUUGCCUAAAUAUUUGUCAACUAAAACGAUUAAGUAUGAUGCAAAAAGAAAAACGUCCAAACUUAUUAGGUGAAAUGACAUCAGAUUUUUUUCGUGUUGUCAAUGAAGCUAGAAAACAUUCAUUAGGACCAUUUAGUCCAUCAUUUAAUAUUCAAACAUGUUUAUUUGAAGGAUUACAAAAACAUUUACCUGAUGAUGCACAUAAACGUGUUAGCGGCCGCCUUCAUAUUUCAUUGACUCGUGUAUAUGAUGGUAAAAAUGUCAUUGUAUCACAAUUCAAUAGUCGAGAAGAUCUUUUACAAGCAUUAUUAUGUGCAUGUUUUAUACCUGGUUUUUCUGGUAUUCUUCCACCACGUUUUCAUGGGGUCCGGUAUAUGGAUGGUGCUUUUUCUGAUAAUUUACCAAUAUUAGAUGAAAAUACAAUAACAGUUAGUCCAUUUUGUGGUGAAAGUGAUAUCUGUCCAAGAGAUCAAAGCUCACAAUUAUUUCAUUUAAAUUGGGCUAAUACAUCAAUUGAAAUUUCAACACAAAAUAUUCAUAGAUUUGUUCGUAUUCUAUUUCCACCACGUCCAGAAUAUUUAUCGAAAUUUUGUCAGCAAGGAUUCGAUGAUGCAUUACAAUUUUUACAUCGAAACAAUUUGAUAAGUUGCCGUCGUUGUGUUGCUGUACAAUCAACAUUUGUUGUUUCAGAAGGCAUUAAUGAUACUCAGGAUUUUGAUCCAGAAUGCAGAGAAUGUAAAAAGCAUAGAAAGGACGCUUUAAGAGCCAAUAUGCCAGAGACUGUUUUAGAUGUGAUACAAUCUUAUAUUGAUCAAGCAAACAAAGGACUUGUUAAUUGGUUAUUUAAGAAUCGUGGUGUAAAAAUUAUUUCUUUGCCAGCUACUCUUCCAGUUGAAAUAUUUUUACUUACAAUUUCAAAAUUAUCUUCUGCUGCACCAAAAAUUUCAAAUCAAUUACGAUAUUUAAUCGAACUGAUUUUAUCUCAAUUUGGUGAUGUUCUUAACACAAAAUUAAUUAAUAAAAUAAAAAUGGGGUUAAUAGAUAUGCCAGAAUUUGAUACAAUGGGUGGAUUAUAUCAUAGAAACAGAUGUGAUUCUAUUGUUUAUGAUGAAUUCGGCAUUUUAAAUAACGACAAUGACACUUAUGAUGAACUAUUAAAAGUUUCAACACAUCAAGAUGCUGUUUAUGCUUAUUAUUAUACAAAUGAUCAUAAUAAAGUAACUGUAAACGAAAUAUUUGAUUUAACCGAGGGUAAUAUUCCAGCUGAUUUGACUAUUAUUGAUGAUGUUGUCAAUGAUACCGUGAAUGUUAAUAUGCAAGCGCAUCAAAAUUAUUUAAUUGAAUGUGAUUGGAAUGGCGCAGAAGCUGAUGGUGUAUUUAUCACGAAUCCUAAUGACCACUAUUAUAAUCAUCAUUUCAUAUAUGAACAUCAUAAUAAUAACAAUAAUAAUACUAAUAAUAUUAACAAUAAUAACAAUACUAUGGAGGAUAUAAUAAUGGACAAUGAUAGCUUAAAAAAUUAUAGUAGAUCACCAGUUGAAUUAUUUAGUGGUAGUAAUUCAGAUACUGAAUUUGGUAGUGACUAUAGUGAAUCAGAAGCUGAUCAUCAUGUUAAAGAGAAUACAAGAAAUGGUAUGUUUAUGCAAAUACCAGAAACAACAAAUUAUAAUUAUCAACAAUCACAAAAUAUAAAGACCAAUAAUUAAAUAAAUGUCAACGCAAACUCAUAAAAUAUAUAAAAUAAAAUAAAAUUAUGUAAAUUGUAGUAAAAUUCCUUAGUAUUUUUUAUAUGAGAAACGAAGAAAAAAAAAUAUUAUUUAAUAAGUAGAAAAAUUUUUCUAAUUCAUUUACAAUAAAAUUUAAUUUUUUGUUUAUGCAGAAAACAAAUAAGUUUUGUAUGAAAAGAAAUAGAAAACCAUUUGAAUUUAUUGAAAAAAAAAAACAAAAAA